AUGGAAGCUAAUGAUAUUAUCACUGAAACGAUGGCAUUUGGUCGAUCAUUUAGAUUGGGAAUGUUAUACGAUUGUAGAUGUGAUAAACUAUUUCCGGGUAUUUCAUUAUGGGACAAUGAAGUCCUUAAACGUAUCCAAGAUAUUUCUAAUUUACAAACACAUUCAACUUAUAAGAUUAAAAGAGAAAAUUCACUACAUGAUAAACUAGACUUGUUAGGAAUUGUAGGUAGUCUUAAAAUUAGUCUUAUUAAUGGUCUCAUUGACGUUUAUGGUUCAACUAACUAUAUUGAUGAUCAUAAAAUGACAGAGCAUCAACAACGAAUGAUAUUAAAAUAUUCAACAAAACUACGUUCAGAACAUCUUAAAAUGGAAGAUUUGAGUUCAUAUAAAAUGAUUAAUACUGAAUUAGUUCAACAAGACAUUGCUACACAUGUUGUCGUAGGAAUAAUUUAUGGUAUUGAGGCUUUUUUCAUAUUUGAUCGAAUAUUGUCUAAAAAUACGGAUAGUACUCUAAUGGAUGAAGAUAUUAGAGUAUUAGUGAAUAAAAUUCCAAAAUUUGCCAUAUCGAAUAAAAGAAAAUUAUAUUUGAAUACUUAUGAAAAAAAAAUUGCUAAUUCAUUGUCAUAUGCAUUUUAUGGUGAUUUUACUGUAAAAAGAAAUCCAAAUACAUUCGAUGAAGUUGCUGAAUUAUAUAAACAAUUACAAAUAUAUCAUGGAUGGAAAGGUCGAAAUGCUGUAGCAAAACAAAUCUAUCUCUUUCCACUUUGUUUAUUAAGCCAACAAAAGAUACUAAUUAUUAAUGAAAUAAGUAAUACUUUAUUGAAUCAAUGUGUUUCUUUUAUUGAUGAUUUACAUACAUUGAAAAUACAAGCAGAAUAUUUAAUUAAUCAAGAACAUUCUAUUGUUUAUUUAAAUAAAAAAUAUUUGACAAUAUUUGCUCAGUAUAUACAUGAACUGGAAAUGGACAUUCAAAAUACGAUGAAGGAACUAUUACCGAAUAUUCGUGGUAAUAGUAUAGAUGAAACAGCAUUAGAUGAUUAUCUGAAAACAAUACAAUCAUCAUCUUUCAAUUGUCAAGCACUUCAUAAAUGGAUUAAUAUUAAAAGACGAGAAAUCAUCAUGGAAGAUACAUUUGUUCGAUCCAUAGUAGAAGAAGAAAAAGAAUAUGUUCACUUAUCACCAUCUGCUCUCGAUGACAUGUUAAAUGAUAUUCGAUGUGAUUUCGUAUUUUGUCUAUCUUUUCAUUUAACAGAUGAAAAUGACUCUUUUUUAAAUGAUUUACGUAAUUACUUAGAUCACAAAACAAGUAUACAAAGUCCAAACGAAACUCGAAUAUCGUGGGUGGAGAACGAAGAAAUGAUCACAUCGAGACGAAAAAAUGUAAAACUAUUUCACGAAUUGGUUAAAGCGAACAGAAGAAACCAUAAGAUCAGAUUUGUUAUCAAUGAUCAAUAUAAAGACAAGAAACUUGAUGGUAUACUCAUACAUUUCUAUGAAAAUGGCCUUAAAAAAGACUUUGAAAUUCCAAGUAAACCUGACAGACCUGUGUCCAAAGAAAUUUAUCAUGAUCGUGUUUUGUUAGCGUGGACAAAACCGCCGCAUAGUCAUGAUCAUAUGUCACAAUAUAAAAUCCUGUAUAAACAGAAGAAACACAAACAUUGGACAUCAUCAUUAACAGCUAUCAACGAUCCACAGGCAAUCUUGAUUGAAAAUCUACGUUCGAAUGUAGAAUAUACAUUUAAAAUGCAGGUGAUGUCGAAUAUUGGAGUUGUUAUGGAGAGUGAUUCAUCUGAUCCUAUUGUAACAAAACUAGGUAUGAAAAAGGUGUUCCUAUAAUGU